AACAUGCCUUUUGAUGAUUAUUUUUUGAAAGCAUUCCUGUUUGUUCCGUGCUCGCAUUACGAUCACAAAUACUACGAGUACUAAUACACAGUCAGCCUUCUCGAGACACUCCUUGCUACGACACGAGAAGCAAUUACAGCAAUCACUGAACUAACUAGCAGGCCAGAGCCAAAGCGUACGGUGCCUUGCGAUAAAGACAAAAAACAAACAGAAAAGGGAAAGGAUCGAAAUUUUAGUCCGUAGGAACUACACUGGAUUCUGUUCUGUUCUGUUCUGUUCUAUUGGAUUGGAUUGCAUUGCAUUCCGUUCUCGACACAUCCGUUGGAUUCUGCUCUAGUGACAAGCCUGGGUAGCCACUAAAGCCACCACACACACAGAGAAACAUACACAAAAACAAACACAAAGCAAUUCUCCAUACAGUACAUCCAUCGGUUUCGAAUCGAUUGACAAGACUGGGUAGACACUAGACACUAGACACCACACCCCUCACACACAAGGAAACCGACACAAGAAGAAAGGCCCCCGAUGGAUCUGGAUCUAGACCCCGCCGCCACCGAGACGCACCACCGGCCGUUUCACCGCACGGUGCUCACGCACGAGAUCCUCUACGCCGUCCAGCGGUGCCCGCACCCCAGCGGGAGCGGCCAGGCACCCUCCUUUCCCCCGGUGGACAUGCUCCGCCUCUUUCGCAGCCAGCGCGAGGCGGAGGAGGUCGCCUACCACUCGGCCCUGGCCGAGGACCGCCUCCACGGCAGCGACCACGACAGCGGAACCAAGACCCUCCUGCUCCCCUCCUACCCGGCCCUCAACCCCAACGGGAGCUCGUACGGCUUUUGCACGCAAAGCGGGGCCCUCUUCUGGGUCCGGGCCCUGAAGGCGACCAUGGUUGCGGCAAACGGGGGCGGAAGGGCCUCCUGCCGGUCGGAGGUCUGCGCGGUGCUCACGGGGGGCGUCAUUGGCGGCCAGGGGCAGCAAGCUUGCACCCGCAGGGGGGCGGAGGUCCCGGAGGGCCGGGUCUUUGGGGGCGACGCGGCGGCUCUGGCCAUGGCCGGGGGGGUUGCAGGGGCGGUCGCAGGGGAGGCGAUGGACCCCUGCGGCGUGGUGGUAAAGACCCUCCCGGUCGGGAGGCCCCCUCGGUCGAGGUUUGCAGAGUCCUGGUACUCCUCGGGGGCCUUUCUGGGGGACUGGCCGCAGGAAGUGCACGCGAAGGGGUCUUGGUGCGGGGCACCAGGCGUCCCCCCUUGCCACGCGGACGCCCCCAAGCGCCAUUCUUGUGGCGGCGCGGGGACGGUCAAGGGGCAAACCCCGGACGGCAAGGAAAACGAGUGCCCGUGCCUUUGGACGCCGGUCGCCAAGCGACGGCGCCUCGUGUCCGUCUCGACCGAGGACGAAACGGAGGCCGGAGAAGGGGGAUCCGACGCCUGGAUGGUGGUGCCCUAGGAGGUUACUGACUGGCACGGCGCUACGGGUUGUGUCGUUGCGGGGUUCCGUGCACCCGCGGUUGGACUGGAUUAACUUUUGGAUUGACUUUUGGAGUGGAUUAACUUUUGGAUUA